AUGACUUCGCGGGACCCCGAAGAACAGGAAACGAUCGCAUGCAGCACGCUGGGGACAGCUACUAGUUCCGAAGUGCUGGCCGAAGAUCUGCGACAGUUCACCCGCUCUCCUCAUCCCUACCAUCGAAGCAGGCGACUUGGAUCGCGCACACCAUCCGAACAAGGAGACCGGCUACAUCCGCUCAGCUACUCGAAAGCAUCCCACACACCGAGCGACAGCGGCACAGAAGCAGAUGAUGAGAGCACUGGGAUUCUAAGAGGUCUUCCGGCACCUCCUGUACGUCCUCACAAAGGGUUGCGUGCGGGCGGGAACGGUGCCGGGGACUCCGAUGCAUGGCUGCCUUCACUGCAACCAUGGCCGUCAUUCGUGCGGUCGACGAGAGGAUUAAGAGGAAGCUCGGAAGAAGAGGCAGAUGGAAAACUUGCUGAAAAGUCACGGUCAAGACGCAGAAGACGGGUCGAAAUCUUGCGACGGUUAAUGGAGACUGCUCUGCUGCUUUCCGUAGGGGCCGUGGUCUUGCUACAGAGAGAUGCGCGUUUGCUUGCAUGGGCCUGGAGAAAAGAACUCGCAGCCCAUGGAAUCGUGCUCCUAGGCCUGUACGCCUCACAUCCCCUCUUAAUCCGACUCUCGAGGAGCCGACGAUGGCGCAUACGCUCCUCUAGCCGGUUAUUUUUCUCGAUACCGGAGAGCUUCGACCCAGCUCCGCUUCUAUACCCAGUACUCGUGCCGAUAUUCGUUGCAAUGUCCCUCUCUCAACACCAGCCGGCGCUGGUCAUGCCAAAUAUCAUACUCAGCCUCGCCUCUCUACCAGCACCGGUUGUCCCACUACAAAGCUGGAUCCAUGGACUAUCCAUUACGCACUGGAUGGUCACAAUUGCCCCGAUACUCGUCUCCGAGCACUUCUCCUUCGACCAUACAAUCCCUAAACCGCUGUCGCUUCGUGGGCACGAUGCGGAAUCCUUGAUCCUUCUGUUUCCUUUGCAUCAAGCGUUGAUACCCACCCUAGACUUUUUGUUGACUACCAGCAUUCUACCUGCGGAGCUGCAGCUCCUGACGACAGCUCUGAUCAAUUUGUAUUUGUUUGCUGCCUCCCCCCAGGCCGAAAUUCUCAAGGCCUUGUUGUGGCUGGGAGGAAUGUGUCUAUUUGUGUCGUGCCAAAAGAUAUUACAUUGGGAGGUAGCUCUAGCUCGGAUUCCUAGCUGGAAGUUUCGUCGCUCUCUUAGCGGCUCACAGUCGCCGCGAAAAUUUAUCAACAUGAUGGACCACCGCCUUUGCUCAAUACUGAGCAGGCCCUACGAGCCUACAUCAGAUAGCGAUGAUGGCGUUCCUAAGCCCCGCAAAACCCGAACGAUGCGGGACAUUCGAGAUUAUGCAUCACCCGCGGCACCCGCGUCUGCCAUCGAUAAUCCUGCAGGAGAAGAAGUCUUCGAGAAGUAUUCUAAGCGACAAAGGCGUCAUACAAUCUCCACAUUCGAGGAGGCAGUCCAGGAAGUACGGAUCCGCACUACACCGGGCGGCCGACGGAAGAAGUUGAUGGGACCCGGCCUUGCCUCUUUCUUAUCGCUCACCGCAGCCCAAGCGCAGGUUCGCAAAUGGCUGUAUGCAGCCUAUGUCUAUUUGGUGUCCCUGGCAAUCAUCUUUGGGCCCAUCCGAAAGUACGUGGCCGAGCGCGCCCUUCAAGGACAAGAUCCUGUUGGAUGGGCUCUGGGAUAUCUGCUGGGCAAUCUAUCAGGCUUCCGGUUCUGGGUGCUUAUGCUGAAUCUUGAGUACUGGAUUCAGCUCGCUCCACGCCCGGACUCAGCCGAUGAGGACGUCUAUUGUUGGCUUGGCCGGAUAGAACAUCUGCGCCAGACUGGUUUUGGGCCAGCCAACAGUCGCCUGCUGAUCAUUCUUUACUGCGUUUUGGUCCUUGCGACCGGCCUGGCCGUGGUGUUUCAGCUCAGCUCGGUCGCUGAGGUUGACACCCGGCGCAAAGUUUUCCACGGGACUAUGGUGCUGAUGUUCCUUCCUACGGUUUUCGUAGACCCGACAUUUUGCGCUUUGGCACUGGCUUUGGUUCUUGCCAUCUUCCUCUUACUAGACCUUUUCCGAGCCUCCCAGCUCCCUCCGAUUUCCCGCCCGCUGACAAACUUCCUGGCUCCCUACGUGGAUGGCCGUGACCACCGCGGCCCGGUCAUCAUCUCACAUAUCUUUCUGCUGAUCGGAUGUUCCAUCCCGCUCUGGCUCUCGCUAUCCGAUCUCCCUCGGACCGGUGACGGGUCCUGGGUAGGAUGGGAUGUACCCGCCCGUGAUGUCAGCAUGGUCAGUGGCGUGAUCUGUGUGGGGAUGGGAGACGCCGCGGCAUCGCUGGUGGGCCGCCGGUACGGUCGGCUGAAAUGGUUCUGGGGUGGAGGGAAGUCGCUAGAAGGCAGCGUGGCCUUUGCAGCGGCAGUGACUUGCGGUUUGCUCGCCGUUCGAGGCUGGCUGGUGGUGGGAGGAUGGCCGGUGGCAGGCACCGAAUCAGCCGGGGAAACAGCCUCCACAGUUCGCUUUUGGGUAUGGACAAGCUGUAAAGCCGUGUUAGCCGCAGGAGGAACUAGCGCCACCGAGGCGAUCCUCACUGGCUGUAAUGAUAAUGUUUUAGUGCCGGUGGUGUUGUGGCUGCUGGUGCGGGGUUUGGGUGUUUGA